AUGUCACAGCUUCAAGAUCGCCAGCACUUUGUGGAGAAUGAUGACAUGUACACUCUACAGGAUCUGAUUGACACCUCCAGUGGGCGUCUCAGCUGUUCCCUUACUGAAAUUCACACAACUUUUGCGAAACAUAUUAAACUGGACUGUGAGAAAUGCCAGGCCAAAGGCUUCAUGUGUGAAUUGUGUAAAGAGGGUUACAUUCUCUUCCCAUUUGACAACCACACCUCUGUCUGUCAUGACUGUUUUGCUGUUUUCCACAGGGAUUGUUACUAUGAUAACUCGACCACAUGUCCGCACUGUGCAAGAAUGCUGGAACGGCAACAUGAGGAGUCUCAGAACCCAUAGAUGAGCCUGACAGAUGGAUGCAUCACAAAGAUCUUCAGAGUCAGAACUUGUCUUAUAUUCAGUUUAUUUGUUCUUGAUGUUUUAACCAUGCUUCUGUCAGCUUCUGAACUGACAUUGAUGAAGUGUGAUCAGCAUAGCAGGAAAACCUCACAUUUUGAAAACCAUAUUCCCAUAAAUAUAGAACUUCUGGUUACUGUUACAUGUCUUCAGUCCAAAGAUAAAUAAUCUGUGUCAAACUUUAACAAUGGCAUGUUCCUCUUAAGAAUGUGACUGAGAUCUAUUUGAUUUCUUCCUACAUGUAAUCCUGGGUAGCAUGCUUUUUAAGGGACCAGGAAAAAAUAAUACAAGGCUACACUAUGUUUUGCUUUAUAGUUAUAUCCCCGUAAUACACUGUGGUUUAAUGUAGUAGAUAAUAUGCUGAUAAUUUAUUAUAUGAUAAUUAAUGUUCUAGAACAAAUGCUGUGGAACGAUGUCUGGUUUAAGAUGAUCUCAGAAUGGAGUCUUCUGUAAUGCAAUUACCUGGUGUAAAAUUGUAUCCUAUUAAAUGAC